UGUGUGCACCUCCUCAUAGCGCAUCACACAUGGAGAAAGAGACGUCAUCAUGACAGUUUAGCGGAAAGAGCGAGAGAGAAAUGAUAGAUACGUCAGCGUAUCUGCUGACUUGCAGAAAUAGAAAUUGAGCGAACUCGAUAGCGUUAAGAGCUAAUUUCUGACGAUCCUAAAAUCCAAAAAUCCUAAAAUUAUUAUUUUAAAAUUUAAUUCGGUGAAGGAAUUUACUUAUAGUAGUUAUUAAUAAAAACCUAAAUAUUAAUACAGUGAAAAACUUAUUUAACGGAAAUAAGUGUAUACGGCAGAGUGGUUACGAUAGUAAUUCACGUGGCAACAACUAUCGACGGAAUAAACGACAUACAGAGACGGAAAAGAUAUUUGAAGCACUAAAACGAAUUAAAAACGGAUCAUACUUCGCACGAAUAAACUGGCCGUUAAAUAUUCGGAAAGCAACCUUCUUUCAUCUAUUUCUUGUUGCAGCGCGAUACGCAAGCAACAAUUUUUUAAUUCGUUUUACACGAUGUCGACCAAGUCCGGAUCUAAAUCCUCUGCCUCCAAUAAAGGUAAUUGCUCAGCUACUCAAUCUAUAUGCACGCGUAAUGAAAGAACUCUCAGCUCUAAAGCGGAGGCUUCAAAUAAAGAACUCCUUCUCAACCCCAACUCAAAUAUUUCUAAUCGAAAAACUCCCUCGAUCAAAAGUACCCGUUCUAAAUCUUCCCGUGCGAGCUCACUAAAAGUCGGUCAGAGUUGUCGGUCCUGUUAUUGCGCAGACAAUAGUCGUAUGGUACAGUGUGACGACUGUGAUAAGUGGCAUCACUUUAAUUGCGUUGGUGUUGAUAGUCAGAUCGAGAUGGUCCCGUGGCAGUGUGUUGAGUGCGAGAAAGGGGCAGACCGAAACCGUAAAUUCGAUAAACAACCCGGAACGGCAAAUGUAGCAAACGCUAGCAGCGUAUCGAAACAAUGCGCUUCAUCUGAGAGCAAAAGGGAUCACCAAAAAUUGGGUCGAGACGCGAUUAAAUCGACAGAUUCACUGUCAGUAUCGUCCAGACGAUCAUCUAUAAGGACUAUACAACGUUUAGAAUUGCAACUUCAGAAACUCGAAGCUGAGCAGACACUUCUAGAUGAGAAGAAGAACCUGAUUGAACAACAAUUCAGUGUCCUUGAGGAGUUGGCAAGUUUGAAUGAAGAAGAAGCAGAAGAAGUUGAAUCAAAAAAUGAUUCCAAGGUUCAAGAUUGGUUGAAUAGAAAGAGCGAUGCAUGCCGGAAGAGUGCUUCGUGUGAAGAGUUUGUGAAUGAGGAACAGUCAGAAAACAGCAGUGAUUCUUCUUCAGAAGAAGAGCAGGAACAACAAACAGUGCACGAUUUACCUCACUUUAAUCCAAACAAGCGCUCUACGCCAAGGAGAAAGCACGUCAUCGAGCGGGGAACGAUUGCAACCAGCAACCAGUUCAAUUGUAGCCUGUCACGUAAUCAACUCGCAGCGCGCCAAAUUGUCGCUAAAGAUUUGCCUAUCUUUACAGGCAAUCCUGAGGAUUGGCCACUUUUCUUCUCAACCUAUAAAAGCACGACACGGAUGUGUGGUUACACGAAUGAUGAAAACAUGAUUAGACUGAGAAGUUGCCUGAAGGGUGAAGCCUUUACAGCAGUACGAAGCUAUCUGCUUUAUCCAUCAACGGUGCCGAGAGCGAUGGACGCUCUCAAACUUAGGUUCGGUCAGCCUCAAUUCAUAAUACACUCAGUACGAGAUAAAGUUCUAGCAAUGCCGACGCUGAAAGCUGACUCGAUUGACAAAACCAUCGAUUUCGCACUAGCCGUGCAAAACUUUGUAGCAACAAUUGACGCUUGCGGUCGGAAGGAGUAUAGGCGAGAUGUUUCAUUGUUAAGCGAUCUUGUGGGUAAGCUCCCCACCUCAAUGAAGUUAGAGUGGGCGAGAUAUAUGAAAGGUUUACGAAAGGUGAAUCUGGCAGAUUUUAGUGAAUGGCUAUACAACAUCGCCGAAGACGCCUGCCUGGUCUCGGAGCCGAGAAAAAUUCAGGAGACCCUAUGUCAUGACACGCGUAAGAAAACAAAACCCUUCAUUAACACACAUGCUGAACAGCCUAGUUUGCGUAACGAAGAUUUACCUGGACCGAGUAAAAUUACGCAUAAGACGAUCGGCGAGCAAAAGAAACCUACGAUGAGAUUAUGUAUUGUCUGCAAAGGUAACUGUGCACUUUUAAUAAAAUGUAAGCGUUUUUUGGAUCUUUCUUACGAUGGAAAGUGGGCAACUAUACGCGAGGCCAGAGUCUGCCGCAAAUGUCUGAAGCAGCAUAAGGGAGGGUGUAUGUCGAAGGAAUGCGGCAUAAAUGGAUGCACUUUCAAGCAUCAUCCCUUGUUGCACAAAGAGCUGAGUGUAACGUCUUCAACAGCUAAUAAUGAACAAGCAAACGAAGCACAGGCGUGCAACACUCAUCAGGGAGGAUCCAGUGCCAUCCUCUUUCGCUAUGUUCCGGUUGUAGUAUACGGUGAUGGUAACAGUGUACAUUGUUAUGCAUUCUUGGACGACGGAUCCUCGUUAACGCUAAUGGACCAAGACCUAGCUGAGGAGCUGAAUCUUUCAGGAGAGCCCACUCCGCUAUGUCUCAAAUGGACAGGAGGUACACACCGCUCGGAAAACAACUCACAUAAGGUAGCGUUGGAUAUUUCUGGUCUUAAGGGUAAGCGUUUUCACUUUGAGAAUGUUCAAACAGUUAGUAAGCUUCAGCUACCACCUCAAUCACUCGAUGUUAAACAGCUUCAAUCUGAAUACCGUCAUCUUAGAGGUGUCCCUGCGCAAUCGUACCGAGACGUCCGCCCACGCCUGCUAAUCGGCGUUCAGCAUGCCUACGCGACACUCGUGCGAAAAAGCCGAGAAGGGAGGGUUGGUCAACCUAUUGCAAUAAACACCAAUCUUGGAUGGACUAUAUAUGGUGGAGCCCCAAACGGUCAAUCGAUGAGCAUGCUACACUACGCAUAUCAUGUCAAACAAUGCAAUCAUGAUGAUGUUGAUAAGAUCAACGACAAUAUGGAACGUGCGUUAAAAGAUUUUUUUGCUAUUGAGAGCCUAGGUGUUACUUCCUCUAAUAAGGAAAUCCGCUCUCAAGAUGAUGAACGGGCCAUUCAGCUUCUACAUGAUCUCACUCAGUUCAAUGGAAAGAGAUACGAAACAGGUUUAUUGUGGAGAAACAAUAAUGUAAAAUUGCCGGACAGCAAACCAAUGGCUUUAAAGCGAAUGUAUAGCAUGCAACGGCGCAUGGAAAAGGACCCAGACUUGGCGCGAAUUCUGGACGAAAAGCUGGCGGAUUAUCUAAAUAAGGGCUAUAUACGCAAACUUACCACCGCGGAGCUGGAGGAAAACCACGAACGUGUUUGGUACUUACCUGUAUUUCCAGUGAUUAAUCCAAAUAAACCAGGCAAGGUUAGGCUUGUCUGGGAUGCGGCUGCUGUGGUGAAUGGUGUCUCGUUAAACUCAUCUCUACUUGCUGGUCCUGAUUUGUUAACUUCGUUAGUUUCUGUCCUUUACAAGUUCCGCGAGCAUCGUUUCGCAAUAUGCGGUGACAUUCGCGAAAUGUUCCACCAAGUUAAAAUUCGUAAUGAAGACCAGCACAGUCAGCGCUUCUUAUGGUGGGACAGCGAGGAUAGGAAAAAACUCAAUACCUAUGCGAUGCAGGUGAUGACGUUUGGGGCAUGCUGCUCACCCGCGAGCGCGCAAUUCAUAAAGAACCUGAACGCAGAGCGUUUCAGUGAAGAUCUGCCAGCCGCUGCGAAAACGAUAGUACAAUGUACGUACGUUGAUGAUAUGUUGUGUAGUGAGGAAACGGAAGAAAAGGUCAUCGAAUUGGCGAAAUCAGUCCGAUUUAUCCACGAGCAAGGCGGCUUUGAAAUCCGUAAUUGGACAUCAAAUUCGAGGUCAGUUCUGGCUGCACUUAAGAGUGAGACGUGUUUAUCAAAAAACCUCGAUCUAUCAUCUAGUCUGGCAACUGAAAAGGUUUUAGGCCUCUGGUGGUGUACCGAUUCAGAUUGCUUCACCUUUAGAAUAAAUUGGAGCAGAUUAGGAGAAGAUCUACUAAAGGCAAAGCGGCGUCCCACGAAACGGGAGGUUCUGCGAACUAUGAUGUCUAUAUAUGACCCGCUAGGUCUUGCAGCACAUUAUCUCAUGUAUCUCAAAAUGCUUUUCCAAGAGAUUUGGCGCUCUGGUGCUAGUUGGGACGACGAGAUCAAUCAGCAAUGCUUUAAAAAAUGGCAGACAUGGCUUAAGCUUCUACCCGAAAUAGAGAAUUUAAAGAUUCCACGAUGCUACAGACUCCGAACGUCAGCUGGUCAAGAAACGGAAAUUCAGUUGCAUACAUUCGUCGAUGCCGGUGAGAAUGGUAUGGCAGCCGCUGUAUAUCUUCGCUAUGCAGAGAAAGGGAAGGUCGAAUGCUCACUUGUUGGCGCGAGAACCCGCGUAGCACCGCUCAAAUAUCUCACCAUCCCAAGACUGGAGCUUCAGGCGGCGGUAAUUGGGGCAAGACUAGCCCACCUUAUCAGUGAAGGAUUAACCAUUAGCAUCACAAAAUAUGUAUAUUGGUCAGAUUCAAGGAACGCGCUUUCGUGGAUAAGAGCUGAUCACCGUAGAUACAGCCAGUUUGUGGCUACACGUGUAAGUGAAAUUCUGGAUUUGACUAACGUUUCUGAUUGGAACUGGGUUCCUACGAAGUGGAACGUGGCGGAUGAGGGAACAAAAUGGCAAAGUCGUCUAGUACUAACGAGUGACAGCAAAUGGUAUAAAGGACCUGACUUUCUCUAUCAACGCGAGGAAGAAUGGCCAGUGACACCGGACAAAAUGGUUGAACCUAUGGAUGAACUACGAGCGAAUAUUCACGAAUAUAUAUAUAUUAUUAUAUUAAUAAUAUUCAAUUAUUAAUGAUUUGAUUAUAUAUAAUUUAAGACUCGAUUGUAUACGGUAGUAUUUUUUAACUUCAAAUAUGACUUAUCUAAGGCUGAUAUGUCGUAAGGGAACUUCCAUAAAAUCUGUGACGCUUGAUGGGAGGGGAGGGAAGCUGUCUGACAAAGCGUAGCAACCCAUAACGAAAAUUUUGAAGACCUAUACAGAAGGAGAGGAAGUCGAUAAUAUUUAGUUUUGUGCUACGUAAUUAAUGGACGUUUCCUAACUGAUUCCUUAAUUAAAAAAAUUAAAAAAUAUUAGAAAUGAAAAUAAAUAUUAAAAAUUUUGAAAUUUCAAAACUAUUUUUAAGACUUUAAAUAGAAAUGACAAAAAAUUAAAAAUCAAAAAAAAAAAAAAUUGACAAAUCAAUAUACACUGAUCGAAAUGAUUCUUUUCGUUUGCAACAAUCACGCAAGAGCCUACAUGCAACUAACAGUGCUAUGUGAUAUCAUCAUUAGCAUCGAUAACAUAUGAGGAAAAGACAGGAAAAGCAAAAUUUAUUUUGUUCACUUUUACGCUGAAAACGGCGACGGUUUUGGCAUGGUUUCAGUAUAUUUCACAAAGCAAAAUAAUAUCGAGUAUGUCUGAGCAUUAAUGGUAAUGCACUUAUAUCUAAGAGUGGUAGAUAAAUUAUGUCUUAUAUUGAGUAAAAAAGUCUCAGGAAUCGAUUGGUAGGUGUCUGAUCCACGUAAAAUAUCAGUUACAUGUCAGUUUUGCCCCAAUUUCUCACAAUACUAAAAUAUGUUUAUCUCGACGUUAGAUUAGCUUAUUUGAAAUCUGUUUAAGGUAAUAUCAAGAGUGUAAGCGAUAC